AAACCGAACGUCUGCAUACCGAUCGUUGGUUUUUUAUAUGCGCAUGUCGGUGCACGAGGCGCGCGGGUGUGUGAGUGAGUAGCGCGGUGGUGUGCGUGUCGGUUCGUUCUCGCGCGCGUCGCACCAUUGUUGUUUGCAGUAGACCCGCGGAGCUCAGCCGGUCGUGGUUUGUUUCACGCUCGCCGCCCCCGAACUAAACUGCCGGCGAUAAACAAAAUAAUGAGUGUACAAUAUACCGUGCAACGCGAGUGCAACGAGCGACGACAGUGUGUGAUAACGAUAAUGUAACGUGCGUGUUGUGUUAAACGGUGGUUUUUGAACGUGUUUUGGAGUUCACGCGUGGACAACGCCAUGCUAGUUCUGUUUAGGUGUACAGCCCUCGAACUGUGACAUAGACAUUAUGAUGUGAGGAUGGAUGAGGGGUAAAGAUGCCGCAUGCGCGCAGUUCCGCUGCGAGCUCGGGCGGCGACGACCUGGGCUCCACCGACGAGGUCAAGGUCUUCAAGGACGAGGGCGACGGGGAAGACGAGAAAAGGAGCUCCGAGCUGCUGGAGGAGAAGUCCAGCUUAAUCGACUGGACUGAGAGCGAGGAGAAGUCGGGAGAGCAGUAUUCCGGAAAAUUAUCCGUGAAGUCGGACCUCAGUCCUGUUUUUGGUAAAUUCGAGCCGCAUCCUGCUGCAGGAUUCAACAUGGGCUACCUCAUGGCUCCGUACCCCUACCCCAAUGGUGGGGCGCAUCCCCUGCCGGUCUCUAUGACCAGCAAGAUGGGCCUCCCGGCGGGCGGCAGCCUCUCCUUGUUUUGUCCUGGUGGGGACCUGGGCCAGCCCCCACCGGCACACAUGGGCAUUCCUCCCCCCUACCAGAUAGAUUCUAAAUUAGCGGCAGGACUAGCAAGGACCCCUAUGUACCCCUUCCCUGGGGGUACGUACCCCUACCCCAUGCUCAGUCCGGAGAUGUCACAAGUUGCGGCUUCGUGGCACACCCCUAGUAUGUACCCUAUAUCGUCAGCGGCGAGCGGGUUUCGAAGCCCGUACCCUACGUCGCUACCUAUAAGCACCACUAGUCUAUCAAGCGAGCUGUACCGGUUCUCGCCGACGCUGGGCGGCGGGCUGGGGCUCGGGCUGGGCCCCGCGUUGGUGCCCCCGCCCCCCAAGUCAGACCUCUUCACGCAUCAUUCUAGGUCGCAAGAGAAAGGCAACAGUAGUAGUGCCAGCGAUAAGCAAAAUGACUCGUCGUCGAACCAAAACAACAAGGAACAGAACAAGAAACCUCACAUAAAGAAGCCCCUGAAUGCCUUCAUGCUGUACAUGAAGGAGAUGAGGGCGAAGGUGGUGGCGGAGUGCACCCUCAAGGAGUCCGCAGCCAUCAACCAGAUCCUGGGCAGACGGUGGCACUCCUUGAGUCGCGAGGAGCAGGCAAAGUACUAUGAGAAAGCGCGCCAGGAGAGACAGCUCCAUAUGCAGCUGUACCCCGGAUGGAGUGCGCGGGACAACUACGGCUAUGGGUCCAAAAAGAAAAAGCGGAAAAAGGACCGCGGUCCCGCAGAGUUGGGAGGAAAUAAUUUGAAGAAAUGCCGAGCGAGGUACGGCCUCGACCAGCAGAAUCAGUGGUGCAAACCUUGCAGGCGGAAGAAGAAGUGCGUUCGCUACAUGGAAGCCCUGGCGGCGGCGGCGGGGGGCGCGGGGGCGGUGCCGGUGCCGCAGUCGCCCUGCUCUGAGGAGGACGUGAAGCUGGAGGACAUGUCGGACGCGUCCUCCGACGAGGCCGACACGCCCCUCAACUCCGCGUCCAGCCCCGGCGGGCUAAGCGCGCUGUCGUCGCUCGCGUCACCCGCCUCCGACCCCCCGCCGGCCCGACACCCCGUCGGGACGAACCCGCGCGACGCCAACAACCCGCUGUCCGUCGGUCAGCUGACGUCGCAAUCCUGGCCCCGUGCGGGCGCCCGCCCCACUCACGAGGUCAUCUCCGUGUCAUAGUGACGUCCGUCCGGCGCCGCCCCGGACCGAACACCAGGAAAUUGACUGUAAAGUGUAGAUUUUAUACACCACAGACUAGAGAAACUUCAUGAGCUGUCAAUUUGGUUUCGCUGCUCUGGGCACAAAUGUAAACGUACCAUAGAGGAAAUUAAUUCCUAGGCAGGUGACAGACCAACGUCAUUUGGUCGGCUC